UCAAGACUAAUGUUGAAAGCGGAAGCGUUAAACAUGUUGAAAUGGUGCCCAAAUUCAUACCCUUCAGCGACCCCAAAAUUACUCAACUGCACAACAAUCUCAAACUCUUCCGCUCCACCCACUCGUCCUUACGCUCAUUCUCAGCACAAUCAUCAAUCUCGACGCACGACGAUGUUCAAGUUCCCUCUUCCUCCCCCUUCACAGGGUUGGAUGAGACGAUGACGGGAUUCAUAUUCGGGAAGAAGAAGGCAACUGAAGUUGCUCACGCGGUUUGGAACAAUGUUGUCCGGAAAGGGGAUCUGGUGGUCGACGCCACUUGUGGCAUUGGUCACGACACAGUGGCUAUGGCGAGAUUAGUUGCAGAGGAUGCCGGCAGAGGCUGCGUCUUUGCAAUGGACCUUCAGAAAUCUGCUUUAGAAAGCACUUCAUCUUUGCUCGAUCAAUCACUCACUCCUCAUCAGAGAGGACUCGUUGAGCUUUAUGCUAUGUGCCACACUAAAAUGGAAGAUCUUGUUCCUAGUGGUGCUUCUGUUAGGUUAGUCGCGUUCAAUUUGGGGUACCUACCAGGAGGUGACAAAAAGAUCAAAACGGAGUCAGAAACAACGCUACUUGCAUUAGAAGCUGCCAAGAAAAUCCUUGCGCGAGGAGGUCUAAUAAGUAUACUGGCUUAUGUUGGGCAUUUUGGUGGAAGGGAGGAGUUCGAGAAGGUAAGGUCCUUCGCAGCUGAAUUACCUGUUGAUAAUUGGGUGUGCUGCACACUCCAAAUGUUAAACCGGCCAUCGGCUCCUGUACUGGUCUUAUUAUCUAAGAAAUGAUUCGGACAUGUCCUUUGUCUAUGGCAGCGAGUGCAUUUAGUUUGUUUAGAAAUUCUCUUGAUCUGUACUCGUGAGUUGUGUUAAGAUACAGAUUGAUAAUGUAAACUUAAAAAUUUGUGGUUA